AUGGCGGCCGGUUACACGCGCCGUCGGUGCCGCGGUGCGGGCGACGCGGCGCCGGCUGCCGGAGCGCUGCUGGCGCUCGCCUCGCACUUCGCUCAGGUGCAGUUCACCCGGCUGCGCAGUGGCCGGGCCGGGCCCGGCCGAGCAGCAGCGCCUGCUCCGCGAAACUCGAGGACAUUCGCAUUCGCCGGCUGCCCCGCGCCGCUUGCCCCACGGGAUCGAGCGCGCGCCCCGGGUGAGCGAGAGAAGCAGGAACAAAUUGAGGUCCAGAAGGAGAAGCACAGAGAGCUGAUCCUGCAGCUCAAGACACAGCUGGAUGACCUGGAGACCUUUGCUUACCAAGAGGGCAGCUAUGACUCUUUGCCACAGUCUGUGGUUAUGGAAAGGCAACGGAUGAUUAUAAAUGAGUUGAUAAAAAAGCUGGACAUGGACUUGAGUGAAGAUAUUGCAACGCUCUCCCCAGAGGAACUGCGGCAGCGGGUGGAUGCUGCCAUAGCACAGAUUGUAAAUCCAGCCAGGGUGAAGGAGCAGCUGGUGGAACAACUGAAGACCCAGAUAAGGGACCUCGAAAUGUUCAUCAACUUCAUUCAGGAUGAAGUUGGAAGCUCUGGUAAGGCGGAAGAUGGACACUGUGACUGCGGGGGCUCCUACAAACCCAGCACCCAGCCUUCUGGGAACAGAGUGAACCCAGAAGAUGCCAAAAGGAUGCGAGAAACGGGCCUGCAGCUCAUGCGCCGUGUGCUGGCUGUGCUGCAGAUCUUUGCCGUCAGCCAGUUCGGCUGUGCCACAGGUCAGAUCCCUCGCACCUUCUGGCAGAAGGACCAAGACAACAAGGACUUCUCCCCCUUAAUUAAGAAACUGGAGUUGUCGGUGGAGCGGGUGAGGCAGCUCGCCUUGAAACACCAACAGGCGGAGCAGGUUGUCUGCUCUGAGCUGCAGGACGUUCCCCUGGGAGGCAGAGACGAGCUGACUCUGGCUGUGCGCAGGGAGCUGACGGUGGCUCUGCGGGACUUGAUGGCUCACGGGCUCUACGCCUCUUCCCCUGGCAUGAGCCUGGUGUUGGCACCCAUCGCGUGCUUGAUCCCCGCGUUCAGCCCCUCGCCGCGGACCAUGCACCCCUGGGAGCUCUUUGUCAAGUAUUACAAUGCUAAGAACGGACAAGCCUUCGUGGAAUCCCCGGCUCGCAAGCUCUCCCAGUCCUUCGCCUUGCCUGUGACAGGAGCAGUGGCCACCACCCCCAAGCAGAGCCUGCUGGCUGCCAUCCACACGGUGCUCACGGAGCACGGCCCCUUCAAGCGCAGCGCGGACUCGGAGCUGAAGGCGCUGGUGUGCAUGGCACUGAACGAGCAGCGCCUGGUCUCCUGGCUCAACCUCAUCUGCAAGUCUGGAGCUCUAGUGCAGUCCCACUACCAGCCCUGGAGCUACAUGGCCAACACGGGUUUUGAGAGCGCACUCACCCUCCUCAGCCGCUUGAGCAACUUGAAGUUCAGUCUCCCAGUUGAUCUGGCUGUUCGGCAGCUGAAAAACAUCAAAGAUGCUUUUUGAUGUGUUUUUAUUGUAGAUCAUCCAUUUUCCACAAGUAGGCAGCUGUUGGGCUCAAGAAGCCUGGCUUUUGUAAGACCCAACUUUGUCUCUUUGAUAUUUGCUUUUAGGGAAGUCUUA